UUACUCGAACCAACGUUAGGAUGUCAAGGCUUAGAGCUCAGACCAUUGUCAAGGUGAAGUUCGAUCAACAGCACAAUUUAAAUCAUGGUGCUUCCAAAUACAAAGACGUUCUUAUUUCUUUCUACGUGUUGUUGGUUUGCAAUUGCAAGUCCCGUACCAACCCAAGAGGAUGGGGAAAUUGUGAUAUCAAACAGGGACGAAUUUCUGCAUUUCUUCGAAACGGAAAUACAUUGGGAAAUUAAAGAAUCGGGACCGGCUGGUGGACUUCCUUUAGAACCUGGUUCGCAGUAUUGGUACCUCACGAGAUACCAGGGUCAAGAAGAGGACGAUGGAGCUAUCAGUUCUGAAAAGAAAGAAUAUUCAUUCAAAUUUUACAUUAAGAAACAUAUUUGCAACUUAACAAAAUUGGAGAUGUCAAUCAAGUAUUGCAACUUUGAUACGGAGAGCUCCAUUUGGCCAGUUCCACGACAUAACCACAAUCCUGAUUACCACAGUUUGAAGACUCACAACUUUCUUAGGUGGGAUUAUGAACAGAUCACGUUGGAUGAUUCACACGGAACGAUUGAACUGGGCGGAUACUUACAUAUGGACAGCACGCUAUUCAUCGAAGAAAUUAUACUGUGGCACAAUGGAAACUAUGAAUGUUUACGAACAACGACCACUGACCAAAUUGAAAUAAGCACAACGGAGUACUACCCUACGACAGAUCCUCGCAAUGAUUCAUCUACACCGGAUCAAGUCUUCACCGAAGUAACUACAGAAGAUGCCACGUCGACUGAGCUAACUACAGAAGACGCAAAAUCGACUGAGGUAACUACAGAAGACGCCACCUCGACUGAAGCGACUACAGAAGACGCCACCUCAACCGAGGUAACUACAGAGGAUGCCACCUCGACUGAAGUAACUACAGAGGACGCUACAUCGACUGAAGUGACUACAGAAGACGCCACCUCAACUGAGGUAACUACAGAAGAUGCAAAAUCGACUGAGGUAACUACAGAAGACGCCACCUCGACUGAAGCGACUACAGAAGACGCCACCUCAACCGAGGUAACUACAGAGGAUGCCACCUCGACUGAAGUAACUACAGAGGACGCUACAUCGACUGAAGUGACUACAGAAGACGCCACCUCGAUUGAAGUGACUACAGAAGACGCCACCUCAACCGAGGUAACUACAGAGGAUGCCACCUCGACUGAAAUAACUACAGAGGACGCCACCUCGGAAGCAACUACAGAGGACGCCACCUCGACAGAAGUAACUACAGAGGACGCCACCUCGACUGAGGUAAUUACAGAGGACGCCACCUCGACUGAGGUAAUUACAGAGGACGCCACCUCGACCGAGGUAACUACAGAGGAUGCCACCGCGACUGAGGUAGCUACAGAGGACGCCAUAUCGACGGAAGUAACUACAGAGGACGCCACCUCGAGUGAUGUAACUCCAAAAGACGCCACGUCGACUGAAGUAACUACAAUAAAUGAUAUUUCAACUGAACCUUCCACAGAAGAAACAACAAUUGAUGACAAUCCUUGCCACUAUUAUUCUAACUCUGUGUCAACUUGCCUUGGAAGUGGUUGCUCGUACUGCGCUGGGGAUUUCUAUGAUAGCUCAAAAUGUGAUACGUAUGAAAACCUGGUAGUGAACGGAUGCAGCGGGAUAUGUGGCGUUCCCCCCGUAAAUGUUAUAAUUGAUCCAAACCAACCCCAAAACCCAAUACAAAAUUUGACGCUAUGUCCAAACGAGAACAAAACCUUCACUGUCACGUUUAAAUUAGAAUCGCACCCGGUUGACAUCUACGUUCUUCUCGACCUAUCAAGAUCAAUGGAUGACGAUCGCGAUAAUCUAAUGCAGCUUAGCUCACAACUAAUUAGCGCAGUUCAAAAUAUGUCAAAUGAUUUCACCCUGGGAUAUGGAGGGCACGUGGACAAACCGUGGUUCAACUUCGGAUCUCGACUCGCAGGAGAUUACAGCUUUAAGAAUCACUUAUCGCUAACGAAAAGUGUAGAGGAAUUCAGGUCGGCGGUGUCGGUCAAUCCUGUUCUAGAUGGCGCUGACUUACCAGAAAGUCAACUCGAUGCUAUGUUUCAAAUAGCAGAGUGCACUUCUGAAAUUGGCUGGAGAUUUAAUUCCCGACAUAUUCUGCUGUUGUUAACAGAUGAUGCAUAUCAUAAAGCUGGAGAUGGAAGGAGAUUUGGACUCUCAGUUUUCAAUCGCCGGUGUGCCUUAUCUCCAGCCGGUUUGUACACUGGGGAAGUGACCUAUGAUUAUCCCUCCGAACAGGACAUCAUAAACGUGUUUAAUGACAAAAAGAUAACUCCAAUAUUUGGAAUUACCGAACUUUCGACCAGACAUUACGAAAAUCUUCAAAGGAACAUUCCAAACUCUGCGAUUGGUGUGCUAAACACUGAUUCUUCCAACGUUGUUGAGCUCCUGGUUAAUGAGUACAAGAAAAUCGAGCAAAAGACGAUUCUGGAACGAGAUGGUGUGGAUGACGGAAGUCUAAAUAUUCGAUAUUUCUCCAGUUGUAAUGGUGACACGGUCGAAGAGACGAAGGUUUGCGACUCCCUAGCUGCAGAUGGUAGCGUCACAUUCACCAUCUCGAUUAACCUGAAGGAUUGUCCCGUAGCACGCAAUCCGGAUGACGAGAAGUUGGUUAGAAUUCAACCAAAGGGAUUAUCAACUGCCUUUCAAGUUGCAUUCAAGACAAUUUGCAAGGAGGAUUGGGAAUAAGCGAAUUUGCCCAAUAUUACAUUUUAAGGCGUGCAAGACUUAUGUACAUUAUUAUAUACAUAUUUCAUAAUGUACUUUCAUCCAAACCAAUGAUAUGUAAAUCCUGAAAUACAAUAAUAAAGGCAAAAAACUUCUGCAUUAUAAAUACGCGUAAAAAUACGCCGUACUGCUUUCUCAUUUUCGAAUAUGAUGUGCAUACGCACACCGCGUUAAUAAAGUACGUAUUAAAAUAUAUUAUCUGUAUAAAUUUAUAUGUACACAUGUAUAAUAUAGUAUAUCUAAUUCCAUGACAUUUACAUAUGUACAUAUGUUUGGAGAAGUUUGAAAUAAAGUAACUGCAGACAAUCA